GUUUUGAUGAAAAUGCUGAGCCUGGCAGUGGAGCGGCUGGAGACGAACCGGUACAUGACGCCGGACGAAAAGUACCGCAACAUCAGGGUUGUGCCGCACUUGCUUUGGCUGCUUGAUGGUGACGUGGGAGCAGCCGGCCCCGAUGGGUCGUACAACGUCUUCAAGCAGAGGAAGAUCAAGCUGCAGCCGUUGCAACGCAUCUGCCAGCGAUACCCCGUCGUGCCACAAUGCGGUGACAUCGCCAUCAAGCUCUCGUACGUGCUGGAGCGAUGUCCGCACUUCGACGCUGAUUCUUCGGGGGCGUGGUUCGCCGAUGCCGCGGCGGCGCAGGACUACAGCGUCAUGGCAAAGUGGGGGAAGAUGACCAAGGAUUUCGACGAGUACACCACCAGGCUGUCCAUUUCCCUCAACGAGAUAGGGACGGCAGCGUUCAAGAGGGCCGGGGGCGACCCGAUGGGGAAAGGGAUGGAGUACGAGAGGGUGGUGCGGUAUAACUGGUCCCCGAACGAGCUGAGCGCGAUUGUGGAGGUGAUCACGAUGACCAAGUCUCUGGGGUCCCUGCUUUCCAGGGCGGAAGGCCGCCUGGCGCCGCUUCUCAGGCUGCACGUCUACGCAGCCACGCAGCAAAUGUCGCAGGGGGAUCUGGUGCCUGUGCUGCACAGGGCGGACAAGAAGAAACGAGAUAUCGUCACGCAUUUGCUCCAGCUCCGAUCGAUGGUAUCGGACUGGACGGACGGCGUCGCCCCAUCCGAGGACUACAAGAAGUACAAGAGGGCGCAGGGGAGGGUAGAGGCGAAGGGGGCUCCGCGGAGAGUGGUGGGCCCUAGCUCGACACAACUGCAGCUUGUGAGGGCGAUGGUGCGGGCCAUCUACGACGAGAACAGCGAGCUCAGGCAGAGCAGCGGCGUUUUGGGCAGAGAGGACCUCAAGAGGGAAGACCUAGAGCUUCUGAGGACCUACUACGAGCAGUCGUUCGGCUUCCCCUACCUCUUGGACUUGGGUGGCACCAUCCGGUCGUCGACCGACCUGGGGGACCUCUGGUACCGAGAGUACCACCUCGAGCUAACGAAGGAGAUACAGUUCCCCAUAGAGAUGUCCUUCCCCUGGAUCAUCACGGAGCACAUCGUCAAGACCAAGCGCGCCAUGGCCAUCGGCUCUGCCUCCGGCGACGGGCCCCGCCCUGGCGGGGCGGGGGGGGGCGAAGGAAGGGGUACCGCGGGAAAGGGCGAAGGGAUAGCAGGGGACCCAGACAGCUCGAUGACGGGGUACGGCGGCGGCGGCGGCGGCAAGAAGACCAAGAAGAAAGGGAAGGGGGGCAGCGGGGGGGGGAUGGGGCACGUUCUGGUGGAGGAGGUGCUGUGGGCGCUUGAUUUGUACAACGACGCGGCACACCGGGCGCUGUACGUGCUCAACAGCCAGUACCUCUUCAACGAGAUUCAAGCGGAGGUGAACCUUGUGUUCAAGCAGCUGCUCUUCGACCUGGAGGCUGAGGUUUUCGGAUACUUCAAGGACUGGGCGGCGUCGACGGUGCUGGACAAGGCCUUUAAGAAGGUCUACGAAAUCAGGAGGGGAUUGGGGCAUUUCAUCCCCGGGCGACGGCGUUACGAGACGCCAGUUCAGCAGAGACAUGUGCAGCUCUUGGGGCGAUCGGUAGACUUGAGCCACAGAGUGUCCGGCGCCAUGAACGUCAAGAUUGGGGAGGACUUGGAGCUGGCGCUGCGGCGUUUCGAGAGCGGUGGCCUUAGCGGGAUCGUGGAGCUGGAAGUAUCCAUCGAGUCCGCGAAGAAGACACACUUGCUCGUACAGCGGGCUGGCCUGGGGGUGGACUCGUUUUCGAAUUUGUGGGGAGAGGCGAACGAAGUUGUGAGCCCGGCCAGCUGCACAGGGAGAGUUGUGGCUCACGUGGUGAAGGUGCUGGUGCUAGACCUGUUCGUCAACUACCGGUAUUGUGCAGCAACGCGGCGCAUGGUGAAGAGCCCUGUCGAGCUCAAGCCGACCAAGUACCCUCAACCACCUUCCACGCUGGACAAGAACCUUGGGGGAGGGCGGCUCUGCGGCAAGGCUUUCGAGCAGAUUUUUUCUGUCGGGCGAGGGUUCGUCGGAGGGACGCACUUGUCGGCUAUGGUCCGGCUGUUGGGUCAUACGGACCUGCCCCUCGUGGUGGAGACCAUCAUAGAGCACAUGCGCCAAAAGAUGUUGGACAUCAAGGACUGGACUGACGCGUUGAAGGGAGGCUUGCCCCCGGUGAAGCUGCCGAAGUACGUCUUCGGCACGGCAGGGUGUUAUUCCUUCAUGGAGGAGAAGCUAAGGCCAUUCCUAGAGUACGAGGACCUCAAGGCCGGGGUAUUCCAGGACUUCCGAGAGUUCGGGAACGCGCUAGCGUUCUUGCAGUGCCUCAGCGAAGCCUCGGCGGGUCUUGACUGCCUCAAGUUCGUCCAGACGGUGCCGGUGAUGGGACUAUCCUCCUCCAAGAAGUGGGACCCAAAGCGCACGAGGCUGGUGGCUGCUACGACGGCGCUGGUUCGAGGGGCAGACUUGACGGGAGAGGCGGGGGCGAGCUUGUCAGGUCUAGAAGACGCCGUCCUGGAGGGGCAGGCGGCUUGCAAGGACUUGGCCACGAGCGCAAGCAUCUUCCGACACACGUUGGGCGAACUGAGCACCGCGUUAGACGUGCUCCGGCUUAGAGAGGCCUGGGUGGGAGCUCAACCUGUCAACGGGGUGCUGGACGUGGAAGAAUCGGUGUCGUUCAGCCGGCUGUUCAGUGCGCUCAACUUCCUUUUCUGUAUGCCGGAGGCGAAGGGCGAGGCCCGUGUAACCGACGCGGUGCAAUUCGGCGACGGUUUCGGGCUCGCCGGUGCUGUCAUCAUGCACCUAUUGGGGCAGCGGCAUCAGUUCGAGCUGCUAGACUUCUCCUACCACGUUCUGAAUGUCAACAGCUUCGAGAGGGCUGGCUCGAAGGAUGGAGAGACCGGACUGAACGUGGAGCCGGCGAAGGCUAGAGAGACGGAGGCGUUUUUGCAUGAGGCGCACCGUGAGUUCUGUCUAAUGUUCGACGCUUUCUCGGUGGCGGAGGCGGUGCUGCCCAGCCGGCCCACUGACCAAGCCGCAGAGGUCCGGAUUUUCCACCCUCCCAAGGACGACACCAAGAUUAACAGAGCCCUCCUGGUCGACAAGGGAGGUAUCUGGGAGACCCAAGACGUGCUCGGCGACCGGCAAGCGGAAGCGGCAGCGAAGAAGGUCCAGCGACCUAGCGCUGCCAGGACGACGCCCACGAAAUCGAGCUUCUUGCGACGAUCUAGCAAGGAGAAGUCGUACGUGCCGACCGAGGCAGACCGUGUCGAAGCAGACAACCGCAAGAAGAAGCUCACCAACUUCACCGUCGCCCUGCAAGCCUUCAUGGACGGAGGGGAAGACGAGGCCAAGCCGACCGCCGCAUCUGCCCUACCGGCGCCGGCCGCCAUCGACCCCCUCAGCACCCCGGCCGCGCUGUCCCCGACGCCAUCAAGCAUCGACGUGCUGAAGGCGGCGGCGGCGGCGGGCGGCGGCGGGGGUGCAACGAGAGCAAAGCCCCCGGCGGCCGCGCCGCCUCCGCCCGGGUCUGCAACCUCUCCCACGCCCGGCGACAGGAAGCCGGUGCCUGGGAGGCCUCCUCCGCCGUCGGCGCAGGCGGCGAUGCCGGGGAGCAGGCCGUUUUCGUCGCAGGGCAUGAUUAUGCCGCCGCUGGCGGCCGGAGGCGAUCGACCGUUGCGGGCGAAGAGUAUGUCGCCACCCCCCGUUUCCUUCAGUAAGCUCAACGACGUCACGGAGGCCGGCAAGAACGGCCUCGAGAAACGGGAGCCCCGCAGCUCGUCUCAGGACAGGGGGGGGGUCGCGAGAAAGAAAAGCAGCGGCAGCCUUCCCCCGGGGGCGGACAAGAUCAUGGAGAUGGGCUUCUCGGCGAGGAAGGCGCGAGCAGCGCUGGAGCGGUCUGAUGGAGACGUGGACCAGGCGGUGGAAUGGCUGCUGAACCACCCUUCUGCCCCGGAUGAGGACUCCGGAGAUGAGGAAGUCGGGGACGACGCGCGGCCCCCCUCCCCUUCGUCGGCGUCGCCCCCCCCCGGGAGGAAGUCGUUGCCGCCCAAGAAGUCCAAGCCCUUGAAGCCGCAGAACCCGGUGUUUGACCAGCAGGCUUUCACCCCCGUGCUCAUCCCCGCAAAGCCAGGGGCGAUUGUUGUUGCGAGCGGGCCGAAUGCGUGGACACCCCCUGGAGGGGCCGUCGGUGGCUCUAGCGUCGUCGGGGGUGGGGCGGGGGCGGGCGGAGGAUCCACCGCUCUCACCCUCGUGGCACCCCUCUCGGCACCAGGGCCGCCACCUCAAGGUCCACCACCUCAAGGGCCGCUGUCUCUAGGGCCGCCGCCUCGAGGGCCACCGCAAGGCGGCGGGGGGGGGAGUGGGCUUUCCCGCCCGCGGUCCACACCAAGUAUAAUAUCUGCGCUGGACCCGGACUCUGUGGACACGUUCGAGCCGCAUGUCGCGCCGCUACCGCGGCAGGCCUCCCAGUCGCCGCCGCCGCAGCGACAGGGACCACAAAAGCAGCAGCAGCAGCAGCAGCAGCAGCAGCAGGGGCCACCGUCUCAGUUGGGGAGCCCGGUCCCGGCAGCAGCGGCCGCAUCGGGGGUGCACCGGCGGAAGUCAGCGCCCAUGGGACUUUCGCUCGGGAACGUAAACCUCGGUGGUGGCAUGUCGCCGCCGAGAGGCGUCCCGUCACAGCAGCAGCAGGGGGCCCAACAGCCGCAGAGAUCAACGUCGGCGUCGCCGCCCAGCCUUGGGCCGAUCCUCGGCAGUGCGUCGUCCCCCCAGCUUCGGCCACAACUUCACCAGCAGCAGCAGCAGCACCAGCCACGACCGAGCGACCCGAGUCUCGGUACAAACCCCGGCCCUGCCCGCCCGCCCCCGCCGUCGGGCCCGGCGGCCGUCGGCGGCAGCACCUCCAGAGGACCGGCGCGCACGCCGGUUCCGUCUGGCCGGGCGGCGGUGGGUGGGGGGGGUAGCGUUGUUGGUGGCGGCAGCAACGCGGGUCGGAGCUUGGUUCCCGCAGGAGGUUCGUCUUCGGCGCUUGUUGGUGGCGGUCCGACACAGCAGCACCAGCAGCCGAGACCGCAGUUCCAGCAGGGCCCCAUGAUGCCGUCGCAACAACAGCAAGGGCGCCCGGCAAUGCAGCCAGCCAUGCAGCAUCAGCAGCAGCAUCAGCAGCAGCAUCAGCAGCAGCAGCUGCAGGCGAGGCCGAUGAUGCAAGGAGGGUCAGGCAUGCAAGGCACUCAACAGGGACGGGGCCCGCCGCAGCAGCAGUUGGCCGUGGGCAGUGCCGGGAUUAUGUCGAUGACGGCGGGGACGCAGAGUGGAAUGGCGUCCCAGCAACAACAGUUUUCGGGACAGAAUCGAGGGGUAGGGAUGAUUGGUGCUCGAGGUCCACCAGUGAUGGGGGGUCAGGCUCCUAGGGGGAUGGGGAUGUCGAUGAACGCAGGUGGACAACAGCAGAUGGUCGGUCGACCAACGGGCAUGCAACCUCGCCCGCAGGUUCUCCAGCCGCAACAGCAACAGCAGCCGAGACCCCAGGGGCAGGCUCGACCGCAGCAGUUCAUGCAGCAACAGCAACCUCGGGCGAUACCAAUCCUGCAGCCGACGCCAGCCCAGCAGCAGCAGCAGCAGCAGCAGGUUCGGCCAGUGAUGCAAGGAGGUCUAGCGAUGCAGGGAGCGCAGCAGGCGCGGGGGGCGCCCCAGCAGUUCCCAGGACAACAGCAGGCGAGGCCUCAGGGACAGGUAAGGCCGCAGCAGUUUCAGCAAGGGCAGGGUGGAAUGUCGGGGCAGCAGCAGCAGCAGCAGCAGGGCCGGCAGUUCCAACCUGCUCAGCAGAUGGCGAGAGGCGUCCAAGGGAUGGCGGCAGGAGGCAUGGUCCAGCAAGGCGUGCGGCAGCAAGGCAUGGCGCAGAGUGGGCGGCCUAUGGUUAUGGUUGGGGCCGCCCCUCGACCACAGCAGCAAGGCGUGCAGCCCCAGCAGCAGCGGAUGUCAAUGAAUGGUGUGCAGCAGCCGAUGCAGAUGCAGCAAGGAAUGCAAGGCCCCAGGGGGAACAUGGCUCAAGCGCAACAACAACAGCAACCGGCAGGGGCCGGUCAGAUGACACCUCAGCAGCAGCAACAGCUGUGGCAGCAACAACAACUCCGGCAGCAGCAGCUGCAGCAGCAACGGCAGCAGGGCUUCAACCCUAGAGGCUAAAUAGCCGGGGUAGUCCCGGUGAAGCGUUUCGCCGGGCUAUGCUAGCUCACGCGCGGUCGCUGUGGCGGAGACAUUCGAAAGUGCACCGGCCUCCUUUGAGAGCUGUUUUUUGUCAAUCCAUGUGCCGAAACGGUAGGGUUGUGGGAAAAUGAAGUGUUUGUUGUUUGCCGGGGCACCGCACAAGAAUCAUGACGUUUAAGUUUUUUAUUCGUGAUGGGUCGAGAGAUUAUACUUGUAGUAGUGUUGUGGAACGUUAUCCUUGGGAACUAGAGAGUGUUGAUUGAGAGUCCGGCGCUUCUCGAUCGUGAUGUGAUUGGUGCAAGAACGGUAGGCGAAGGCUGCCAACGGCCGCAAAUGUUGGUUUCAAUAGAUCGGAGAUAGAUGUUCGACGAUCGGGAUUUCACCGCUGGAAACGUGUUUUGUUGUUUGGGUUGUAGGUUCUGUGCUAGCGUACGCGUUUUUUCAAGUUCCCAAGCAGUGUAUCUAGAGGAUCGUACGUAGCGCAGGUAGUUUUGUCCCACGAUUGAAGCAUACGGAUUUUUUUUGCUGACACCCGUGUUCUUGUCUCCAAAUUCCCCACAGAGCGAUGUGGCCCCAAAAAUACGACGACCCGGCUCGGAAACGCCAUGUUCGAAUCGAUCAAUUGCUGGUUGGAAAGCUCAUUUUGCUGGGUACAUUGAAAGCCCGACGUCGCGAACGGAAAACGAAACCACCGAGCAGCACAAGGUACACCAGACUAGCAAUCA